GGCGGGGAGAUAGCUUCUUGCUGCGGCGGGACGACCAGGUUCGGCGCGGGGAAUUUGGCUUCGCGGCAGGCGGCGGCAUCCAAGCCCAGCAGAUAAGACCGUUAUUGUCACAGUGCAGAAUAUGGCUUCCAAGAUUCAGCGCUUGUCCUUCAUUGCCAUUACAGUUUUUGCUUCACUCCAUCCUUGCAUGUCCACUGGGUUCCGCCAUGAGCUCUCCAGCUGGACCACUGGCAUUGCUACGUGGUAUGGUGAUCCUAAUGGUGCCGGAAGUGAAGGUGGUGCAUGUGGGUACCAGUAUGCUGUCGACCAACCACCAUUCUCGUCCUUGAUUGCUGCCGGCAGCCCUUUCAUCUACGAUUCUGGAAAUGGGUGUGGUUCUUGCUACCAGGUGGCAUGCUCUGGCAAUCAAGCUUGCUCUGGUUACCCUGUGACUGUAGUCAUCACCGACCAGGGCCCUGGUGGCGGUCCGUGCCUGAGCCAAGCAAGUGAUGGCAUGUGCCUAAACGAGGGAGCCCACUUCGACAUGAGUGGGACGGCGUUUGGUGCCAUGGCAAAGCCUGGAUUGGCCGAUCAGCUCCGUGGUGCUGGCAUCCUACAAAUCCAAUACACUCGGGUGCAGUGCGAAUGGCCUGGAGUGGAUGUAACCUUCUCUGUGGACUCCGGUUCGAACCCAAACUAUCUGGCCGUGGUCAUUGAGUAUGAGGACAGUGAUAGUGACCUAUCGGCCGUGGACAUCAUGCAGAGCUCGACGGGGCAGUGGGUUCCGAUGCAGCAUUCGUGGGGUGCAGUGUGGAGGCUCAACUCUGGCUCCACCCUUCACGGCCCGUUCCAUAUCCGCCUGACUUUCAACUCAGGCAGGGUGCUCAUCGCCAGCAACGCCGUACCUGCAGGGUGGAACGCCGGCAUGUCAUACCGGUCAGGAGGCGUUGCAGUGACCAGGGCCAGGCCCAGGAGUGCUGGCUGCCGGGGCUACAAGGCGGCCGGUGCAUUUAGCGAUCUGGUGUAUCACCUUCUGUUGUUUGUGCUACUUAUCACAGGGUGUAGUCAUAUGGCCUCCAAGCUCCAGGUGUCCUUCAUUGCCAUCACAGCUUUCGCCUUUGUCCUCCACCCUUGUGCAUCCAUUGAGUUCCGCCGUGAGCUCUCUGGUUGGUCCAAUGGCAUUGCUACAUGGUAUGGUGCAGCUGAUGGUGCAGGAAGUGACGGUGGCGCGUGUGGGUACCAGAACACUGUCGAUCAGCCACCAUUCUCCUCCAUGAUUGCCGCUGGCUGCUCUUCCAUCUACGACUCUGGCAAGGGCUGUGGUUCUUGCUAUCAGGUGGUGUGCACUGGCAAUGAUGCUUGCUCUGGUAACCCGGUGACGGUUGUCAUCACCGACGAGUGUCCUGACUGCCCGUGUCCGGAUGAUCAGGUGCACUUCGACAUGAGUGGGACAGCAUUUGGUGCCAUGGCAAAGCCCGGCCAGGAUAGCCAGCUGCGUGGCGCCGGCGCCAUCCAAAUCCAGUAUACCCGUGUGCAGUGCCAGUGGCCUGGAGUGGACGUCACCUUCUCCGUGGAGUCUGGCUCCAACCCGAACUACCUGGCUGUGCUCAUCGAGUACGAGGACAGCGACAGCGACCUGGACGCCGUGGACAUCAUGCAGAGCGGGACGGGGCAGUGGGCGCCGAUGCAGCAGUCGUGGGGCGCCGUGUGGAAGCUCAACUCCGGCUCACCCCUCCAGGGCCCCUUCAACAUCCGCCUGACCUUCAGCUCCGGCAGGGUGCUCGUCGCCAGCAACGCCAUACCCGCGGGAUGGAAUGCCAGCGUGGCGUACCGGUCAGGCGGCGUGGCCGUGUCGCGGACCAGGCCCAGGAGCGGCGGCUGCCGGAGCCACGACGCUGCCGGAACGCUGCUGAGCAGGUUGGUGUAUCACCUCCUCGUGUUGUUUGUGGCAUUGAAGCUGUGAACUGCGAUGUGAUGCAUUUCUGGUGGUUGUGUUGUGUCAUUGUGUGAGGGUUGCUGAUGGUUCUGCCAGUCCGCUGGCGCUACUCUCCGUCCAUGUAAAUAUAUGCUGUAUGUUUCAUGAAAACUGGCUGUCUUGAUUAAUGAUUUUGGUGGUA